CUGAACUUCUUCGAAACGAAACUGGUACUUAUGUUUGAAGUGGAUCGAGAUAAAAAAAAACAUUUCUGGAAAAUAGAACAACUGAUUUAUGACCGUUUAGAUUGUAUUUGUAAAACACAACAAUUAAAAAGUUUGUAACACAGUGUGUAAGGCGACAGGAUGCCGAAAGUAAUUAAUAGGAUCGAUGAAAGGAAAUUACUGCAAUUAGCUGGCAAGAUGGGAGAUCAGUUCAUAGCUAUUGCAGGAGAACUUUACUUUACAUUAGCUGAAAUUGAAACAUUUGAAGCUAGCAAAAGUGAUCCAAAGUCAUCCAGAUUUAAAGCAUUGGUUAGCUGGCAGAACGGAUUGUCUGAGGGUGAUGCGCAACAGAUCCUGGCAAAGGCGAUGAGGAAUGGAGGAAGAAGUGACCUCGCUGAAACAGUUGAGAAGUGGGAGAUAAACUUUGAUAACAAAGGUGAUGGAGCAGCAAGGAGCGGUUAUAAAUAUCCCAACAAGUUUGACAUGUUUGACGUGACCUGUUACUAUUGUGGCAAAGAAGGGCAUUACAGUUCUACAUGCUAUUCGCUUAAAUGGAGGAAACGAAAAUUAGCUAAUGUUCGUCGACAGAUUUAUUUAAAAUACAGGAAAUUCCCUGUAGGGAGAAGUUUAGCAACGUCGUCAGAAAUCUGUUACAGAUG